AUAUAACGGAGUAAAACGUUGAACGGCCACCGUUAGCGCUACGUAUUGAAAUGAAUACUGUUUUCCGUGCAAAACCACUCCCCGUUUUCGUAAAUUGCCAAACAUGGGCUGAAAAUUUCGACGUCGAAUUCGAUGGGAAACAGUUCGAGUGCAGAGCGCUAAAAGUUGACUAAAUUUGUUGAGUAAACAUUGUCGCGGCCUGUGAGGCUUGUGUGCCACGGCUCAGGAUUCGAAAUUGACAGUGGUUUAGAGAUUCCUUCAAAAAUAUAUGAAUAAUUUGUAUUUGUCAGUCAAAAUUAAAUUGCUCAGUAGUAUAUAGUUAUUGUGACUAUGUGGUUCGGUCCAAAUCUACAGAGAUCUUACAAGUAUAUGAUGUUUGCGUCCAAGAUGCCGUCGCUGCGGAUAGACCAGAGUGACUUGAAGUGCAAGAAUGGGUGCGAUUACUUUGGGAACCCGCAAUGGCAGGGGUACUGCUCCAAGUGCCACCGUGAACAGAUGCAGCGGCAGAGGAAAGCUGAGAAAGCGUCUUCGGCGACCUUACCAAAGCCAGAACAGAAAAAGCAGGAGAAAGGUCUGAAGCUCACCUCCCACUCCUCAUUCUCCAAGUUUGAAGAGAAGAGGCUCCGACAGAGCGAGACCCUGAAGAAGGCUAACCUGCUCAAGUUCAGCGUCUUCAAGAAGAGCAAUACAGAAGACCACGACCACUCAAGUGAGAAGCGCCCCCCUGAGUUCAAGAUCCCCGCGCUAGUUAACGAGGGCAUGAAGAGUGAGUUCCGCGCGCGCUUCCCGCAGCUGCCCGCGCAGGUGGACCGCGACGCGCGCGUCUUCGUGCACAGCUUCAUCAUGGACGUCAUCAAGUGCGCCAACGUCAUGACGGUGGAUGAGCUCUCCGAGAGGGUGCAGCGGCAGUACCAGCGUUUCAUGAAACACAUGGACACAUCCUCGCACUUCGCGAACGUGGACUCUGACACGAAGGAACUCCUCAUGGACUUCGUCGAGAAACACGCCAUGACUUACUUGCACGAGUUGCCGUCAGUGGUGUUCUCCCCCAGCGGUACGGAUGACGAGCGCCUGGACCGCGCCAUGUCGGAGCGCAUCCAGCAGCUCAGCUGGGUCGGGGAGCGGCAUCUGGAGUGCAAGCUCGACAGGUCUAAUGCCGAGUGUAGGACUCUGUUGUACAAGGCGAUCAGUGAGCUGCUGGGCAUGGACAGCGCGCCGGGCCCGGGCGGCAAGCUGGCGCGCGUGCGGCGCGCGUGCCGCCACGUGCUGCGCCUGUGCUCGGCCGCGCCCGCCUCCGCCGACGACCUGCUGCCCGCGCUCAUCUUCACCGUAUUAAAAGCCAACCCGCCGCGGCUCGUCAGCAACAUCAACUUCGUGACGCGCUUCUGUAACGCGCAGCGGCUGAUGACUGGCGAGGGCGGAUACUACUUUACCAACUUGUGUUGUGCUGUAUCGUUCAUCGAGAACUUGACGGCGGAGUCACUAAACAUGGACAAGAAGGAGUUCGACUGUUACAUGGCCAUGCCAGCUUCCAUCGGCGGUAGUUCCUGGGCGGCGGCGCUGUCGCUGUGCGGCGCGGCGCGCGAGGCGGGCGAGCAGCGCGGCGCGGCGCGGCGACUGCUGCAGCACGCCGCCGACCUGCAGGCCGCCGCGCAGCAGCUGGCCAGCAACGCGCUCAGCUUCGAGGAGCAAAUCGCCAAAAAAGUACAGGACGUAUUAGCAAAAACACCACUAGAAAUUAAACCACGACGAGAAUUACCACGACUCGGCAAACUCCAGGAAAUUAGUACCGCGCCACUCAUCGACCUGGGCACCAGCACCGACCGAGAGGAACCUCAACCGCAGCCAGUGCCCACGUCACAGCCACAGCCUGCACACACAGUACCCGUAGAGCCCAAAGAACUUAACGUUACUCUGGACCCCCCCGAGGACGAGCCCAAACUGAACAUCCUAGGGUUCGAAGUCAUCGACAGGCAAUCACCAUCGAAAUCACCGCAAAACCUCGAUCAGACGUGGGAUUUAAAACGUACCAAUUCCCUGGAACUUCUGACCCCGUCGCCUUUGGGAUUCACGCCUUUCGACUCGCGGUCGAUCGACGAACUUAUGACUCCCGAUGACUUUGGAAAUGAUCAACUGCCUCCCGGCUUGAGCAAUAUUAACUACGAUAUAGAUCUGUCAGACUUCAGCGGAGAUAACAGUAUAGCCGAAGACGCGCCCAAGUCUGAGCCCAAAGACCCCUUCAGUCCAGACGCGCUAAAGAAAACGCAGACAUUCGACCCUUUUGCACCCCAGACGUCACGAGGCUACGACGCAGCUAUAGACUCAUUUGAUGAAUUCAGUUUCGUUGAUCAAAAACACAAGGAAACAGAUCCCUUUGAAGUGGUACACAGAGGACAAGACCCGUUCAGUCCAGUCGAGUGGAAUGUAGAUUUAGGGAAAGAUCAAUUCAGGAGCCAAAGUCCAGCGAAACAGUCGACCUCUAUUUUAGACGACAAUGACUCGCCCACGACGGGCUGCCUCCUGCCGUCGCCGCUACAGCCGCAGAGUAGCGGGAGACCUAACUAGUUGGUCCUCACCCAGUCGAAUUAGAUCUAUGAACCAAAAUGGUUGGUGCUAAAAUGUUGAAAGUCGAUUAUUGAUUUUGUUCUUGUUAAUAUUUAUUUAAAUUAUACUUUAUGCGUCCUGGUCUAAUAAAUGGCAUGACAGAAACA